UGUUAAUUUGUUUUUGUAUCUACCGGCAACAAAGUUUAGAAAAUUUGGUUAGACAUGAGUGAUAAUGUUUAAAACUAAACUACAGAGAUUUAGUGUUUUAUUUAAUUAAUUUCUGAAAAAAAUGUUAAAAGAUUUUGUUGAUAAUAUAAAAAUUGCUAUAGAGCAUGGGCGAACUGACAUUGUAAGAUCUCUUUUAGAAGCAUGUGAUGCUGAGGACAAUGAACCAGACAUGACGAAGGACCAGCUGCUGAACGGCCUGAUGGUGGAAGACGGCACAUUCCUGUUGUAUGCCACAAAGCUGGACCAGGCGGACGUAGUUCGCACCCUGCUGUCAUGCGGAGCGGACCCAGGUGUGCAGAAUGCCCAGGGCCUGAAUGCUGUCGACGCAGCUGCGAAUCAGUACAUGCGCCAAAUCUACGUGGAAGAGCUUCUCAGGGCGACUGCCAAAUCGGAGGUGGGGAGAGUGUGCCAGCUGAUUGCCGCUGGGAUCAGCAUCAACUCGUGGGACAGCGAGGAGAGCAAGAACACCCCCUUGCACUGGGCUGCCUGCUACGGGAACAAGGACAUGGUGUCCUGCCUGAUAACUCGGGGAGCAGACGUGAAUGCAAUGAACUCGUGCGGAGCCACGCCGCUGCACGAUGCCGUGAUAGAAGGGAACGAGGAGGUGGUGGAAGAGCUGCUUCAGAACGGGGCAAACCCCCUCAUCCAGCCGAUCAAAGGGAAGUUUGCGGGCAAGACGGUGCUCGACCUGGCUGCGCACAAGCCCGAGCUCCUGGAGCUGGUGGAGAGGUACACGCCCCUGCGCCCCGCGGGGGUCGGCGGCCGUGCCCGCAGCAUCUCCGUCGAGUCGGGCGGCAGCGGUCGCGAGGGGAAGGGCUCCCGGGCGGGAGUCAUGUUCGCCUCCCAGGCCUCGCUCGACCUGAGCCCCAGGAUUGACCAGGCGAUAGAGAGCCUGCUGCGCACGCACAUCAGCACGCCGGUGCGGCCGCUCGUCACCAACAGCAGCCUGCACCUGCUGUGGCCGCAGCCGCAGAGGAUCGUGGAGCUGGAGGGCCCCCCCUUCGUGGCCCAGAAGGAGCUGCACAUCUCGGUGGUGAAGGAGCACACGCCCGUGCACAGGAUACUGGACGUGUGGGACGUCUGCCGGCCGGCGCUGAUAUCCCUCGGCUACGACGCCAAGAUCGGCGACGUCCAGCCGGCGUGCGGCCGGCGGACCGACAGCCAGGUCGAGUGCGCGGUGAACGGCGCGCUCUUCUCCCUGCGCGACGCCUACCAGAUCCACGUUACUGCCUCCAGGGUGCGGAUGACCGCGGCCAGCCUUGCGGGCCUGCACUACGCCUGCUGCACGUUCAUCCAGCUGCUGCGGCUGUGCCGGGAGGACGGCUCCCUCGCUCCCUUGAUCAUCCAGGACUCCCCGGCCAUGAGGCAGCGGGCCGUGCUGUUCGACAUCUCCCCGCACGGCCGCGUUCCCACCCUGGAUUACCUAUUCGACAUGAUCUCUAUUUGGUCGUCUCUAAAAAUCAGCCAUCUGCACCUCUACACAAGACUGUCUCCUGGUUCGACUUGGCCGCUGUGCUUUACUAAAGGGGAGAUGGUGACGAUCGACCGCUACUGCCAGGAUCGCUUCGUGAACCUGGUGCCCGUCCUGGACGUUGACGCGCACGUCGUGUACGAGGACCUGCGAGCGGACAUGUGGCUCACCUUCCAGGAGAUCCUCGCCAGCUUCCCGAACCUCAGCUACGUGCACGCGGGCCCCAAGCUUUGCUCGCUGCUGGUGCAGCAGUCGCGGGCCGAGGAGGGGGACGGAGGGGCCCCCCGCGUGCCCCUGCAGGAGCUGUGGCAGCUGCUGUCCCUCUCGCCGGACGUCACCAUCAUGCUGUGCAGCAACAGCCUGCACCACCUGGAGGCCGGGGCGGCCGCUCGAGUCGACGUGCCGGCCAACGUCCUGCUCGUUGAGUACGGCUUCCAGGCAGAUUAUGACUUCUUACAGUGGACACGGGAGUUCUACCAGCAAGGAGGUAUGACUUGCCUGUGUCCUGGAACGGCGAGCUGGAACAGCCUGGCGGGGUGCCCAGAGGCGUCCAUCUGCAACAUCUACCGUGCGGUGCAGGCGGUGGGGGAGCGGGGGUCCCUGGGGAUCAUAGUGGCCCACUGGUCUGGCUCCUACCACCUCACGCCACACCCCUUCAGCUGGCCGGGCUUCGUCGUCGGGGCGGGGCUCGCCUGGAAUCCUUCCACCCACUGGGACUACCUGCACAGCUCGGUGCCGGAGCUGCUGGACGCCCACGUGUUCCUGGACGCGGGCGCGGCGGCGGGCCGCUGCGUCAUGGAGCUGGGCUGCGCCGAGACGAGCGUGCUGCGUGCGUGCCGCGGCCAGGGGCAGGGCGACCUGGUGGACCUGCCCCCGCAGGACGGCUCCGCUCUCUACCGCCUGCUGGCCGACCCCGACAGCGUGGGCCUCGAGCACCUGUCCCUCGACACCUUCGCGAGGGUGACCAAGUACAUCAAGAAGUGCCAGAACAACCUGUUCCGGGCGAAGCUCGGCUGCAAGUUCGGGGAGAUGGUGAUCCAAGAGUUACACUUGGCCGCUGACCUCAUGCUCACAGCUUGCAGAAUUGGUCGCACUUUGAUUGGAGUGGGGGUGAACCCCAACAGCAACAUGGGACUUGCAGUGAUAAAUUUGGGUGUUUGUAAUCUUCCCCCAACAUUUCGCACUGAUAUUGCUAACAAGUUGUUGGCGCACAUAGAGCAGUACAAGGGCACCUGGCUGCAGAGACAUCUGCCGGCCGGCCUGCAGAACUCUCUGCUGGUGCUCACGUCUGCGCUCCAUCGCUUCGUCCCGGCAGACUCUCAAGACACCUAGCGUGGACUAGAUUAGCUGCUGCUGGGUGCUAAUGGCUGGUGCUACUCUCGUUCCCGAGUACAGCUCCCGACUGAUCGGGUGUCGACGUGCUGCUAUCUCUUGGCUGGGUGGGCGGGAAACAAUUGAGUAUGUAUGUGUAAUGGAGGUGAACAUUAUUGUAGUUUCUGGGACUUGUGUAUACAUGUCAAAGUGCAUUGAAACACUUCGAGGUCUGUAAACUGUUGACAGCCUAUGUGAUGGCCUGCAAUGGCAGAUUUUUGUAUUUAAUAGAAUGAUUUAUACAGGUGUUUUCUCCUAGACAGGUACACACAUGCAUGUAUUCCUUCGGAGAGUUCUAAACCAGAACUCGUUAAAUGAGAAAUAUUUUAAGUAUAGAAACUGAGUUGUUACAAAAAUGCACUGGUUUAUCGGGUAUUUUGAACACAAUUACUAGGCUUUUCUGAGUCCUUUUUUUAUUCAGACAAAAUUAUAAUUGAAUAUAAAACCAUUAAAUAUUUGAUUGUUAUUAAUAUGAGUAUUCUCCGGACCAAUUUAAACGUAUAGUAAAUUUUUUUAAUUUUUAAUACACUUAACAGAUUUAUUAAAAAAAUAGAUGCAAAAAUACAGAAAAAUUACUAAGAUAAGAUUAGUACGUAUAUACUGUAUAAAAACUGAAUGAAAUCAUAAUAGAAUUGUGUAACAUGCAAAGUAAUGAAAAAUCUGGUAAUAUGUUUUUUAAAUCAGCACAAUUUUAAUUAUAAAAAUAUUGUGCUAGAGUAUGUGUAAAAGUCUUUAAUCUUCACAUUUUACCGUAUUGGUCCGAAUAUAAGGCAACCAUUUUUACAUAAACGAGAGAUGCAAAAAUUGGAAGUCGCCUUAUUUUCGCACCCAAGACAUCAGAACCGCAAACAUUAGUUCCAAGCUGAAAGCUACAGUAGAAACAUUGUUUAACAAAACGUUCACAAUUUUUUAUAUUAACUAAAACUUUGUUACCUCACACGGAGAAAAACGAUAAAUCCACCUAAUAUUGCAGUAAUUCACAAUUGUUUGAAGUUGAAAAUUAAAAUAUUUGUUCUUGAGUAAAAACGUGAAUGUUGAAGCAUCUCAAAAUGGCAACCUUUUAUUUCAUAAUUCAUAUUUGUACUUUGUGUACAAUCGCGUGUUAACAUUUACGGUAAUUUAUCUUCAGAUUUUUAACGGAAAUAUUUGUACUAAAAUAUCACAGUUAUUUUCAGAACGAUUGUUUACGUUUACAAACAUUUCGGAUGUAAUGUUUGGAAAUUCACGGCUGCCAACUGUCUUUCCACAAUAUUUCUUUGUUGUAAAACGAACAUUGCCGAACACGCACGAAGACGCCAUAUUAACAGGAAUUUGGUACGUUGCUUCAAAAGCUAUUUUAAUAAUCCACUCUUUAUUUAUGUAAAAACCUUUCAUAAUUAUAAUAGAUUAGUCUUUCAAAUUCAUAGAACAGACUCUCUCUGUCAGAGAGUAAUAUGGACAAAUAUACGCGGUCACGUAACCGAAGUUAUUCUUGGCCGUAUGCUUCAUCAUGUCAGCUAGCCACUUGUUUUGUUCCGGCAAGAUGCAUUCUUUGUUUGCUUUUUUUACGUUUAACACACUACUAAAUAGUAAUACGCCUUGUUCUGUGGUAAUAUGUAGCUUAAGUCAAACGGAAAGUUAAAUGCUGUAUUUUAAGAGGGAUUAAUAGCCAUUGUAAAAAUUUUAAAUUCGUAGAUACAGUAAAGUGUGAAAAAUGAACAAUCACACAUCGGUGGAACGGCGGGGAACGAGCCCUAGACAAAUAAACAGCUCUGAAGAUGACAAUUAUGCAGCUUCAUUAGAGUAAACAUACGAAAAAAUUUCUAGUGUAAUACUUAAAAAUGUAAAUAUUUUCUAAUUGUUUUCUUUUGACUUUUAGGGUAGGCCAUUCGAACUUAUUUUAAAUAAGUAAUGUGAUAAAUAUAAAUUAAUUGUUAUACAUAAAUGCAAAAACGAUUUAUCAACACAAAAUGUAUGUCUAAUGAAUUUUCACAUAAAUUUCUACCAAAAAUUAUUGUUACAUUUGUUUGGCCUCCUGAAACUGCAGGUCGCCUUAUAUUCGGGGUCGCCUUAUAUUCGGGCCAAUACGGUAUUUGUUGGUUUUACCGUUUUAAUCGUGUAUGGAUCGCACAUUUAAUGCUGAUUUUUAGUUUCAAAAAAUGAACUGUGGUCUUUAUGCCGGUUUUUGAUUUUGGUUAGUAUGUAUAUUGCACUGUGUUUGAACAUGUGCAUAAAUUACUAACCCAUGUUGGUUUUUAAUGAAUACAACUCCAGGAGUAAGUAUAAUUUGUUUAAUCAAAAUAUCUCGGCAGACGUGUGAAGCUCCGUGAGCAGUGCAGAGUCAACACCAGUUCUGUAUUUCUUACUCAGCAAUAAGCUGAGAGACAAGCACAAAGUUGUUACUUGUAUUCAUGGAACUCUCGUAAAUGGUGCGAUCCUUAUUCGAGGGCGACCCCUACAGUGAAAAUGGUAGAUUGAUUUUCCCAAAAUUAAAUGUGUGACCAUAUGCAGGGAUGACCCUUCUUUGGGUAAAUACAGUAAAAGCAUGUAUGUAUAUAUUAUGCUGCGGAAAACAAACCAAAAUUUCUGAGAGAGAGGGUUUUUGGUGUGAUGAUAUUAACAGCUGUAAGCUAUUAUAGUAUCUGAGGAAAGCAAAUAAUUAACAUGUUAAUUAAAGUUAUUCAAUAGAAAUUUAAAAUUUUUCAACACUUUCAGAAGCCUAAUAAAGUAGAACCUUUUUUUUUACAUACCUGGGAUUUAAUAAUUCCCGUGGUUAAUGUAUGCAUUUUUCUUUUACUUGCACUGUCAUUUUCUUAUAGUAUUAAUGCAUUAAUUUCCCGCUUUAUCCAAAUCAUUUUCCGCAUUUUACCAAUUUUAACAGUGCUGCAUUUAAUAGCAAACCAUCAGAAAAAGUUAAGGGGGAACAAUUAAGUUUGUUCUGAAGUUUAUUUUAAAUUACAGUAAAACCCUGUUAAGAAGUUUUUCAAGGGACUGGAUGGUUAAAACUUCUAAACAGUGAAAACUUCUUAAAAGGGAAAAGUAAUUUCCAACGUAAAAAUUGAUUUUACUCAAAUGACAUGUACUGUAUUCACACAAAAAUACACUUACUAUCAUUGGCAUGCUGGAAUAACGGAAUAACUAAUUGUAAUUACAUAUUUUUUAAUCAGUAAAUUGAAUUAUUAAAACUGUAUUUAAUUUAAUAAGCACAUUCAAAUUAGUAUUAUCAAAACACUAACAAAAAAAAGCAAUAACUAACAUUUAUUGUUUUAGAAAAUACUUGGUUAAAUUUGUUUGUUUCAACACAUUUUUGGACUAAUGCAUCACAAAGUUAAAAACUGUAUUUAAUUUAAUAAGCACAAUAAAAAAUAAUUGUGAAAACACUGGCAAAAAACAAUAACAUUUACUGUUUUGAAAAAUAUUUGGUCAAAGUUGUUUGCUUCAACACAUAUUCUGACUGACGCAUCACAAAGUUUUCCAGUUCCCACAAACUCUUCUGCACACUAUCUGGAACAUUUUGUGUGCCAUGAACGAAUAAUCUUAGCUUCUCCAGGUGGUCCAGGGCUUCAGAGUAAGUAGGCAUGGAAGUGGGUUCCUCUUCAUCACUGUCACCAUCGUCGAUCUUAUCCUCAGCUACAUCCUUGUGCUGAGCACACAAAUCCUCUAUUGUGUGUGGCUCACAUGGUAGAAUUGAAUCAUCAACUGACGCAUAUUCUUCAAAAGUGCAAGAGAAAUUUAAUUUUUCUUUAAGAGUUUCCCAAUUUGCACUGCAUGAAGCACCUGCAAUUGGGUCACAGUCCUCAAUUGAAUCGCCAGGGAAAAUAUCGUAAACUUUCUGGGCACCAAAGCCUGCUUUCUUAAAGCAAUUGCUGAUUGUACUUGACUUGAGCAUUUCCAAUGAUGCAGCCGGAAAAUGCAUUGUGUCCAGGAUGUUGAUUUUAUAACCGUUAUCUUUGGCACUUUUCAUUCGUGUUAUGUCUUAACACAAGGCACUUACGGAAAUGCUAUUUGAGAAUUUUUAUAAUCCCCUGGUCCAUAGGCUGUAGCCUGGAUGUUGAAUUUGCUGGGAAAAAUUCAAUUUGCAUGUUUCUGAGGUUAUAUAAUUCCUUGGGAUGUGCAGGGCAGUGAUCCAUGAACACCAAAAUCUUCCUGUUUCUGCACCCCAUCUUAGCAUCCAAAGCUCUCACAUAAUCUUAGAAAAUGCUGCCCGUCAUCCGCGCAGACUUGUUGUUAGCGUACUUACAUGGUAGAGUCUUUAUGUUGUUGAAACACCGUGUUUUUUUUUGUUUUCCUUUUACUAGCAAUGGCAACUUUUCCGUGCCAUCCAUGUUUGCACCCAGUAACACUGUCACUCUUUCCUUACUUUGUUUCCCUCCGUGGCAUGUUUCACCUUUUAACACAAACGUUUUGUCAGGCAACAUGUUAAAAAACAAACCACAUUCGUCGACAUUAAAUACAUUUUUAGGUUCAAAGUCCUUUAAAAUUGUAGGCAAUUUUGUGUUUAUCCAACUCUGUACAGUAUCAUCACACACUCUCAGAUUCCCCACUUACAGUUCUGUAGACAAUUCCCACUCUAUUCUUAAAUCUAUCGAGCCAGCAAUUUGAAGCUUGGAAUUCAACACCUAGGUUAUGUGCUAUUUGUAAAGCUUUUUCUCUUAAAAAUUGGGCUGUUUGUCGGGAUUCCAAGUGCCCUCUGUUCCUUAAACCAUGCCAAGAGUAACAUUUCAAUUUCUUCGUAUUUACCAGUUUUCAUUUUCUUACACUUCGAAGAAACACUAGUAGCCAAAAGUUUUGCCAUACUCACUCGUGGUAUCAAAGGAUUCGUAUCAACUUCAGCAAUUAUUUUCAGUUUAUCUUCAAACGAUAACGCCUUCCGUUUAAUAGAUCUUCCACUACUUGUAGAUGCCAUUACGGACUGUCAUGCACUACUUCCAAUAAAAUACACGCAAAUAAUUUAAUAGCUGGCGGUAUAUGGUUUACUUUGUUUUUGGCACGUGACUUGAAUUGGAAAAUUGGUGUACUGAUGGAACAGCCUCUAGUCCCUGAGAAUGCAAGUAGGUGAUUGGUCGUGCGGCAUGCGGCACAGGUUUCGAAGAUCGUUGGCGUUUCUCAUUCGUCAGUUAAGCCACGAAUGGGGAAAAUGGUAUGCCGGUGGAACAGCCUCUCAGUCCAAACAAACGCAGGCAUAUGAUUCGUCGAAAUACACACAAGUAACAGCGUGUGGCGUACGGCGCAGGUUUCGACGAUCGUGCGCGUUUCUCAUUCGUCACUCGAAUGGGGGAAACGGUGUGCGGCGCAGGUUUUCCGACGGUCUUGUUCUGUUCAAAUAACUAUUAAACGUUUGGAAAUAUGUAAAUUUUUAAAAUUAACCUUAAAAAUUGUUCAAAAGCUUAAAGAUAAACGUUAUUAUUUUAUUUUUUUCCCACAAAAGCUGAAUGUUAUAUGCAGGAAGCAUAUAUAAAGAAAAAAGUAAUGAAAGGGAAAUAUUAACAUAUGGAUAUAUGGAAGUGAUCAAGGGAAUAAUUUUUUGAACUUAAUAAAUGGGAAAACGUGUUACGCGGGAAUGUCAUAAGCGAGUUUUACUAUAUACAUUAUUGCGUGUGGUUACGCGAGGUUCGUUUGCUAUUGUAAACAACCUUUUUUUUUUGUGCCACAUGCCACAGUAAACCAUUUAGUCAUUAUCCAAAACUUUGGAAAUGUGAGCACAAAAAUUAGGUUAAAAAGAAGAUGGUGUUUCAGUUUUAUAUCUCUCCCCUUUAAACUUAAAUGUAUCAAGCACAAAACAGUUGAAAAUGUGGUUUAUGUAACUAAACAAUAGAAUACUGGGCCUUUAUUUAAAUAAGUGAAUGAAGCAAUAUAAUAAAUUCCUGUAAAUGUGACGUCUUUGUCCAUUUCCGACAAUGCUCAUUUUACUACUGUAGAAAUUUAUUGGAAAUGCAGUUGGCUGCACUGAAUUGUUUUAAAGUUUUUCUAUUCCUAAACGUAAACAGUUGUUUGAAAGUGAUUGUGUUUAUGUAAUAGAAUUGAUUCCAAAAUCUGAAAUUAAUUAAUUAUUAAUUUACACAGUCCAAAUAAGAAUUGUGUAAAAAAAUGCCACCGUACAAAAGUGUACAUUUAGAGUUGCUUCAGUAUGCAUGUCUCUUUCUGUCCAAGAGCUAAGAAGUAUGUUCAACUUUGAACACAAUUACGAAGAACCUGAAGACAGGAUGGAUUGAUUGGUUUUUAUCGUGUGAGAUAGUGAAGUUCUAGUAAUUGUACAAAAACACAGGCAUCUCGGAUAUUUUAUUUAGUGUGGUGUUCAUUUGCUUCUCAUCGUUUCCAUCAUAGUGAGAUAACAAAAAAUAAAUUAACACUUCUUUUGUACAUUUUCCCAUAUUUUACAUAUUUUUAUCCUGGUCCCUUGAAAUAUGUAAAAUGAGGUUCUACUAUAAUUUAGUAGUUCUUGUGUCAAAAAAUGACUUGAGCGAACUGUACUUUAUUCUCGUGAAAUUGUACUAAAUUUGCAUAUAUGGCCAAAUAAUCCUUCCCUAAAUGCAGCAUACAUGGCUUAUUUUGGUUAGUAAAAUACAGAAUGUCUCAAAAAUUUUGCCUUCGUUAUUCUUGUUGUACAGUAAAAGCUUGAUUUAAUUUAGUUGUCAUAGGUAGUCAGGUCCCAAAAGAACCAAUACCUGUUAUUGACUGACUACGCUAUACGGGAUUGAGAUCCUGUCAGUUGUAAAAACUAUUUCAUACUGAUAAUGUUUUGUAUUAUAGUGUAAAACAACACUUCACAGUUGUGAAAGUUGUGUUUUACCAAAAGACAACCAAAUUCAGUAAUAUUGGUAUGUAAAAUGCUUUUUUUUUAUUAUCGGUAGCUAUUAUUAUUUAUAAUUUUUAUCCAUAUAAGUUCAUUUUAUGGCAUGAAAGUACCUUGUCUGGGCUAGACUACAGUUGUAAAUCAUAAAACACUGCCCACAUGUUCCAAGUGUUGUACCAGCCUUAAUUCCAAUGAUGGGUCAUGUGUAAGGUGCAGGGAAUAAAUGUUUUGUUUCUUGUUUGUGUGGGUGCAUUGUUUUUGCGUGAAUUUGUUUACACUACUUCUGCCUUUUGUUGGUCAUUCGUGAGAAACUUAGUUUAUAUUUUUAUAAGAUUCAUAUUACAAAUAGGUAAUACCAUCAGAUUGUAGCUUUUGAUGUGAAAAGAGCAUUUAAUCAACAAUAUAAGUAUUAUUAAUUUAGAAGAAUAGAUUUUAUCUAUAAACAACUUUUUUGAUGAAAGUUAAAUUUCAGUUGGUUGCUUCAGUAAGCAGCAUAGAUUGAGUAUAAUUUAUUUAUUGUAUCAUUCCUUUUUAAAACCAAUCUUUUCUUAAAUAGUGAAUGCAGUUGGAAGUAGUGUUUUGACUUAAAAAAAAGCCAUCAAUUGAUAGGGGCUGGAAAUAUUAGCAUAUUAAAUACAACUUAUUUAACCCUCUAGUUCAGUUUUGUACAAAAACCACAAAUUUUUAAUGCCUUUGUUUUUUUUAGAUUAAAACCACAAAAAUAAAUUUAAAUGUUUAUUUUCCUGAAAAAAAAAUUGAUAGUGCAAUAUGUAUGCUACUAAAUGUUAAGUAGCAGUUUUAAUUCAUAGAAUAAUUAAAAUAAUAUACAAAUCAACUCGAUUGGGUUAUAUUUUGACAUCAUCUCAGAUUGUAUGUAACUUGGCUGCAUCUCAGGGACAUGGCAAUGUACCAAAGUAUGGUCACUAAAACUAGUGAAGAGAAUGAUAACCAGAAACUGUAGUAUUGCUGUGGUUUACUCCACACUCCAGCUUAAGCAUACAGCAAGACAGUGCAGCCUGUAUCGUUCUCAUCUUAUUAGCCAAUAAUACAACUUUUUGGUCUGUGAGAUGAGAAAGUCUGUGGCAACUUGAGUUGUAUUAACUGAAGUGCUGAUAAGUCUUGAGUGACUAACAUAAAUUAAAAUAAUUUUAUUAUACAUGUACAUGUGGUUUGGACAAACCACAAAGUUUUGAUAUAAGGUCUGUCAGGUCACUGAAAGUCUAUGAGACAAGGUUGUUUCUUAGUGUAAGAAGAUAGAUACAUUUUAUACAACUAUUUUGAAAACUGUCAAAAUGUUGCAGUUAUGUGACAUUUUAUACAGGUUUUUUUUUCUGUAAAUUAGAAACACUAUAAACUAAUUUAGCUGAAGAAAACCAUUUGUGUUGUAAUGGUCAACAAAAAAAAAAAAAUAGCAUCUAAAGUAAAAUUAGAAAAAGAAGCAUUUUUUGCAAAAUGCUAAUUGUUCCAGCCCUUAGUAAUUAAUGUUUGUGUAUAUUAUUGUUAAUGAAUAAGGGACUAGACUGAUUUUGUAUUGAUUCUUGAAAUAUUUUAGCAAGAUUUAAUUUUAUGAUGAAAAUAUUGUGUUAUUCUGUGUUCCUUUUAAUAGUGUCUUGUUAUGUAACUUGUUUUGUGAAAUGAUGAUCUGUUACAUAUGUAUUUUUAAUCUUUGUCAAUGUCAUCAGUGGAGCUUCUAAAUUUAGUUUUUGACAUAGGUACAUUUGUGUUAUUUAGAAUAUUUUUGUGUCUAAGUGGUUUUAUUUCUGUGCUUUGAGAAGAAACUUAUUAUAUUAAUUGUGUUUGAGUUUUACCCUAAAAACCAUUAAUUUUAUGUGGCUGAAUUAUUUUUCUCCUGAUAUCAUUACCUGUAAUAGAUUUUAUUUAAUAUUAAAAAUUUGAAAUAAAUAUAUUUUUUUUCUUCACAUACAUUUGAACCUUGUUCCAAGGUUCCUGUGUGUAACAUUUUGUGUUAUAUUCUGACUUAUAAAACUUUGAUGUUUAAAGGCCCCGUCUACCUGGGCACACAUAUGUUGUGCAGAGCUUCCAGAAGAAAGCACGCUAUUUAAAAAUUGCUAAAAUUAUCUAAGUAGUGUAAUUUACGAAAAUAAUUUUAUAUUGUGCGUAGGGCUGAUGAGUAGUUCUUGUUCUGUAUUUGGUUCUAAAACUGUAUUUUUAAAAGAGUGGAAAGGACUAAAAUGUGUGUUUUCAGAAUAAUUUUUUAGGUAUGAAAUGCCUGGUACAGAUUACGAAAAGCACUCAAGAACCUUGCAUUAAACCUUUAUCUCCAUUUCUCUGCCAUCUAAUGUUAUGGUUACCGCUCAGAUUGCAUAGUAGUCUUAUGCAUGAAAAGAAGACUACAGGCCAUUCCACAGCCUUACAUUUAGAGGAGAUACCACGCUAGACACACCAGCGAGCAUUGUACUGAUCAUUCCGCCUCACUAACACACACAUACACCCUUGGAUAGGCGAGCCGCUUAAAGCGAAUAGCGUAAAAAAUAUGCUCCAACAGAAGCAAAUUUUUUUUUAAAAAAUGAAUAGUGUUUAAAUGGUUCCAAAUAAAACUCAUAAUAAUUAACUAACAAUAUUACUACAGUUUAAAAUUAUUUAUGACUUUUUGAUAAAUAUUAAUACAGUGAAACCUUGUUAAUAAAAAUCCUGUUAUACAAAACUCAUUAAUACAAAGUGUUUUCACUGUCCAUAGAAAUUACAUGGGAGUUAUAGUGCUACAUAAUUUUAUACAAAAGUAUGGUUAUUAUUUUUUAUUUAUUUAGUUAUAUUAUUUAUUUACAUAUAUGAUGCACAUCAACACUCAUUAAGGAUAUUGCAAGGAAUUUGCACCAUAAAAACAAAAUAAAUUACAACAGAAUACAGGAUACAGAGAACAAAUACAACAGAAACACAACAGAAACAGAAACAACAACAUAAGACAUACAUCAUUAAAAUUAAAAGAAAAAAAAACAGUUAAAAUAUUAAUGACAUGAAACAUGCAACACAAGAAUCGAAAUAUGUAUUAAAAUAAAAGUUAGAGACUAGUACUACAACACGUACCUAUGUAAUAUAAUGUUAUUUUUGAUCCAAAGGUAAUCAAUUGCAUGAAGUAAAAGGUGGUUAUUACAAAUAUCCCAGAAUAGUAUAAGAAACUGUGAAUUUCAACUAAAAUAAUACUGAUGCUAUUACCUAGGUACUUUGGUUCAUUUUACGAUGGGGAAAGAAGUUUAGAAAUCUUAUUCUUCCAAAAUGACGGUAAUGUUUCUUUUUGUAAGUAAUUUAUAAACCUUUGCUUUCUCCUUCUGUCUUAAAUCCUUUAAUAAGUAGUACAGUAUAAAAUGCUUUUUUUGUUUUUUUAAAGCCACAUACAUAUGUAGCCAUCCUAAAAUUGUAUUUUACAAUUCCUAGAAGAAAAAAAAAUAUGGUGCUGAAUAAAUGCACGUUUUCUUGGAGCAUAUAUAUAUUUUUUGAGGUGGUUAUGCAUCUCCUAAACAAGAAAAGAAUUUUUAAAUUUAUUUAAUUUUGAUUCACAAAUUAUAUAAAAAUGGUGAUCAAAUUUUGUAAUAGUAUAGUUAAUGCAAAUCUCGUUAUUGCAAAGUGACAAAAUUAUAAUUCUUUCAGGUUUGUAUUAUUGAGGUUGACUUAGGAGAAAUUAAAAAAAAAACUAAAAUAUAAGCCCUGAUUACACACCCCUGCAUUUAAUUUAUUGUUUCUGAUCCACUCGGAAACUGAAACUGGGUGUUUAUACCACGAAGGGUACUGCAUACCAGACCAGACUGCUGGCUGCUAGUGCGUACGGCUAACUCUAAACGUCUGUACCUAGUUCGUCGCUUCUCUCUGCGGACUGUUUGAACAUUACAGCACUGCAAUUUCAUGUCCUCUUCAGCCAGUGAAGUAGUGCCUAAAGUGUGUGGCGCACUGUUCAUGCAUGUAAUGUUCCAAAGUUGUGAUUCGGGGAGGGGGGUCUGGCAUUACAUGCCACCCAUUAAAUUUAUGCCCAGCAAUUUCAAAACGCUCUGUAUAGUAGAUUGAAGCUUGUUGAAUUUCACUGAUGACGAUUAAGAGUGUUUUUACAAUUAAUGCCUGGGAUUAGGUGAAACUCAUGCAAAUUUACCAUAAAUAGUUUUCUGUAAACUUAACAAAAGUAAUGCUGUGACAAUACCUGUUUUUGGCAUGGUAUUCAUUUGUAAGCUAUGGCUUUAUUUCCCUUGAUUUUAUUUCCAUAUAGUUAUUUUCCAGAUAAAUGAAAAUCUUGCGUAAUAGUUCAAAUAAUUUUAGUUUUUUUUGACUUGUGCAAAAUAAAUUGUUACUACAUUUGUAAUAUUAUUCAAGUGAUAGUAGAUAUAAAAAAAAUUGUCAGUGUUUAUUUUGCUCAGGAGUUUAGAAGACACUUAGCACUGAGGUCUUAAAGAUGGAGGUGGCAGUUAUACAGUUAGUGAUUGUUCAUUUGUCAGCCAGUGAGAAAAGACCUAAGAAAAUCAGUUCGUCAUGUUAACCUAUCCUUAAUACUUUCACCUCUUUUAGAGCAUUAGGGCUAAGUAAAUUUCAAUGUUGGAAGUACGAAUGGAUCUGAAACAGAAUCAAAUGAUUUUAUUGUAUUCUGCUACUAAGUCUUGGAGUACAAUCGGCACAUCCUACUGCUUCAUUUUGGAUGUGUAUUAGGGAAGCAGAUUGUUAAUUCUACCAACAAAGAAUCUUAACAGCUUUUAGAAAAUGGUGGAUUUAAGUGUGGAAAAAAAAAAAACUGAGCCAAUGAGUAGAUAUAUGUACCGAGUUGAUUUUGCGUAAAAUAAUAGGGUUGCAUUGUGUGAACAGAACUGCAAAUGUGUUGAGAUUAAUUGAUCUAGAACUCUUUACAAUUACCAUCCUAUAUAUGACUGAAUUUUGAUGCAUAAUGAAAAGUUGCUAUUUGUUAUUUAUUUUUACUUGUUUCUGUGGUUUUAUUUGUACAACAAGUGCCUUCAUUGUUAUUCUGUUUAAUUUAAUUACUUGUUAUUCAGAUUUUGUUUUCUCAUCUUUCCUGUACCUGUGUCUUGUGUUUGAUUAAGUUUUGGCUUGAAUUUUGUAAAAAAUUUCACUUAAAGUAAUUAAAAAAGGUUAUU